GACAAUUAGUAGAGUUAAAAGAAGAGAAUGAGGAGUUGAGAGGAAGAAAGGAACAAUCUCAAAAUGAAAAACUAAAAGCCCAAAUAGCCAGGCUUGAAGAGGAGAACACUAAUUUAAGAAAAGCCCAAGCAGAGGCAAUGAAACAAAUAAGAAUUGGAUUAGAAAAACCAAAAAUACUUGAUGACGAAAACAUAAAGAAGAUAUUUUUAUCUGAACUUCAAUUGGUAGUUUUAUCUUAUCUCUUUUACAAUUCAUUAUUUUUAUGGUUAAAUGUUUUAGAAAAUAGUGUAAAAAUAAUACAAAAAAAUUUAGAUGAUAUUAUCGUUUGCACUGAUUAUCAACCUCAACUAGAAAACAAUACUUUUCUUUGCUUUCACUGCCGCCAACAUUACAAUUAUAAAACCCAAUGCGGUCUUGACUUUCCAGCCAUUCUUGGUCGGGAUCGUUUCUUAAUCUGUGAUGAUGACUUUAAAAAAAGUGGCGGUCUAGCGAGUAAUACUAAAAUUAAGGCUAAUCGGGACGAUACUUUUUUUUGUUUCAUUACUCAUAAAACUUAUGACACUAAACAAGAAUUAUCCUUAGUAUUAGAAGCUAAUGACUGA